AUGGCUUCUUCCUUCAAGGAACCCAUUUCUUUUUGUACUCUCUCUCUCUCCGCAUUAUAUUUGCUUUAAUAAUAAAAAGUAGCUAUUUCUUGGAAAACCCAAGCAAAAUCCCUUUUUAUCCUUCUAUUUUCGUUCUCUCAUUUUGCUUCCCCAUUUUUGAAUUAGGGUUUCGUUCUGCUCUUUCUAUCGCUUGCAAAACCUUUAAACCCUAAUCACUCCCGAUCCCUUCCAACGAGCCGUUACUUCCUUUUUACCCGCCAUUUUUAGCUUCCUCCUGGACGUUGAUUAUCUUUAUUUCAAAUACUAGCCGUUAGAUCUGUCCCCUCUGCUACCAUUUUGUCUCGUUUUUUAGGAGUUCGUUGUGCUGUUUCCAUCCCAAAUUGUCUUUCUUUGCCUUCUUUUAUUUUCCAUUAUCACUGUAAUAAAUCUGCUGCCGACUCCGUUGCACUAUAACAAGAACUACUCGUCUCAUAUCCAAUAACAGAAGCAGCAAAAGCGAAGAGGAGAGCUUGAGCUUCGUGCUGGCUGUGUUUUUAGAGUAAUUCUGCCUUGCUUGAUGACAAUAGCUACUGAUAAGCCAAAAUGCUAGAGCAAAUGGAGGAAGAGUCUGUGGAAAGUUUGAAGGGACUUCAUAUUUUUCAUGACGAUGACGAUGGCGAUGACGAUGAUGAUGUUAAAGAUGAACAAGAAAUGGUUAUUGAAGAAGAUGAUGAUGAAGACGACGAAGAACAAGAACCAGUAACACUGGGUUUUGUGGAAAAGCCAAGAAAUUGUUGGUCUCUUUCCCGGCAGUUAUUUCCUAGCAAGGCUGGUGGCGUGCCGGCGUGGAUGGAUCCAAUUAAUUUACCAUCUGGAAAGUCCAAUCUUUGUGAUAUUUGUGGAGAUCCUCUGCAAUUUUUGCUUCAGGUUUAUGCUCCUGUAUCUGGAAAGGAAUCAACAUUUCAUCGAACCAUAUUUGUUUUCAUGUGUCCCUCAAUGUCAUGUCUUCUUCGAGAUCAACAUGAACAAUGGAAGCGCAAACCAGAGAAACCAUCUCGAAGUGUGAAGGUUUUUCGUUGCCAGUUGCCUCGGUGUAAUCCCUUCUACUCAAGUGAGCCAUCGAUGCACAACGGGACUGAUAAACCUUCUACAUCUGGCGCCAUGCUUUGUAAAUGGUGUGGUACCUGGAAAGGAGAUAAAUUGUGUAGCAAAUGCAAAAGUGCGCGUUAUUGCUCCCAGAAGCAUCAGGUCAUGCACUGGUGUGCAGGUCACAAAAUUGAUUGUCAACUAGAAAGUCUAUCUUGCAGUUUAGUUGAUCCUAACUCCAGUAAUGAUGAAAUCGCAUUAGAGGAGAGAAAUAAAUUUGCUAGCAACAUUGUAUGGCCAGAGUACGAGGUGAUAAAUGAGGAUGAAAGCGAAUUCGAUGAUGAAAUAUCUGAUAGUAAUGGGCAUGAUAAUUCUUUGAUAUCAAAGAACAAAGCAGAUGACACAUUGAAAUUAUUUAACAGUUUUGAGGGUGACAGCGACAGGAAGUGCUUGGCUGCUUUUCAGAACCGCAUAGCAAAAGCCCCUGAACAAGUUUUGAGGUACUGCAGAAAUGCUAGCGCAAAACCCAUAUGGCCCAUGUCAAGUGGCCAACCAUCUAAGGCUGAUAUUCCUAAUUGCUAUCAUUGUGGCGGUCCUUUGAUUUUUGAGUUUCAGGUCUUGCCCCAACUACUUUAUUAUUUUGGUGUAAAGAAUGACGCGGACUCUCUUGACUGGGCAACUAUUGCGGUGUACACCUGUGGAGAGUCUUGUGAGAGUAGUGUCAGUUACAAGGAAGAAUUUGCCUGGGUUCAACUUUACUCGCAAUCUGCUACUUGUUCUUGAGAACCCACUUAAUUUUUCCCUCUUUGUUGACUCAUUUAGAUCAAGUGAGAAGUUUUUGCAUACUUGUUUAUAUAUUCUUUUUUUUCUUUUUAGUUUUGUUUCUUCCUUUGUGGGUAACUUGAUGGGUUUGUGGAAUUUUAGAUUUGAACUUGAACAAGAUAUGCUUCUGUUUUUCUAGUCAUUGAAGAGAGUUUGGUGUCAGGGUUUAAUACCCCUUCAAGGAUUCCCUCCUCUCCCCAAAUUAAGUGGGUGUUUGGGUGCCAAAUCCAA